AUGGCCAGCCAAGCCCAAAUAAACCCCAAGAAGCAGCAGGAGCUUCAGCUCCAAUAUACCAACUUCAAGAAUACACUCACACAGAUGGCGCAGAAGAUUGGCGACAUUGAGCAGGAAGCAGAGGAACAUAAGCUUGUCGUUGAGACACUUGAGCCCCUCCCCGAGGACCGCAAGUGCUUCCGUAUGGUAAACGGAGUUUUGGUCGAGCGGACAGUCAAGGAUGUGCUUCCUGCGCUCAAGACAAACUCAGAUGGAUUGAAACAGGUGCUUGACGAACUUGUGAAGCAAUAUCAGAGCAAACAGUCCGAGUUGGACGAUUGGAAGCUAAAAAUCAUGUCGGCCUCUCCCUCGAAAGAACCUGAGGUGGAACCUGAAGCGCAAUCAGGUGAAGACCAAGAACACAUGGAUAAGGACCAGGAACAAACACAGAAUCAGGGAGAAUUCGAGGUGAAGGAACAAGAUCGAUGGCUCCCGAUUGCGAAUGUGGCCCGUAUCAUGAAGUUGGCCUUGCCAGAGAACGCAAAGAUCGCCAAAGAAGCCAAGGAGUGUAUGCAAGAGUGUGUCAGCGAGUUCAUCUCGUUCAUCACCAGUGAGGCCUCCGAAAAGUGCCAGCAAGAGAAACGCAAGACGGUAAAUGGGGAGGAUAUUCUGUUCGCCAUGACCUCACUUGGCUUCGAAAAUUAUGCGGAAGCGCUCAAGAUCUACUUGUCAAAGUAUCGCGAGACGCAGUCCGCCCGUGGCGAACAUCAGAAUAGGCCAACGAGCAGCGGCUACAAUGCUGGAGGGCCCGUGGGCGGAGCCAGCGCGCAGGGUGGACGACCCGGUGCAUCGGCUUCCGGCGGCUUUCCUGAAACUGCAGAUAACACAAACAAUAUCAUGAACCCUGGUCUGGACCCCACCGAACAGGAUAGUUCAGCCUAUGGCUACCCUCCGAUGGUCGGCCAGCCUCACAAUGGAGCAGGAGGCGACUCCUACUAA